GUUUUGGAAGACGAAGACCGGAUACAGUGUUCAUACCACAGCUCGGGCUGUCUCCUUUCCAUUCCGCGGUGUGUUUUAUGCCGGCGGUCGCGUGGUUGUAAUUUUUGGGAAUAAUAUUUUCAAUUGAAAACCGUCAGAAGAGCGUGCAAACCAGGCAAAGAUGCUGGUUUUAUUUGAAACCCCGGCGGGGUACGCCAUAUUUAAGCUACUCGACGAAAAGAAACUAUCAGAAACAGAAAACCUCUAUCAUGACUUUGAGACGCCAGAAGCUGCUAGCAGAAUCGUCAAGCUCAAGCAUUUCGAAAAGUUUGCGGAUACGACCGAAGCUCUGGCAGCAACAACGGCAGCGGUCGAAGGAAAAGUAAGCAAGUCAUUGAAAAAGAUGCUGAAGAAGUAUUGCGCCGAGGUUCAGGAGCAACUGGCAGUGGCAGAUGCAAAGUUAGGAAAUGCGAUAAAGGAUAAACUGAGCCUUUCCUGCAUCAGUAACACUGCCGUUCAGGAAUUGAUGAGGUGUAUACGAAGUCAGAUGGAUUCGCUGUUGACCGGCCUGCCGAAGAAAGAAAUGACUGCCAUGGCGCUUGGUCUAGCUCACAGCCUUUCAAGAUACAAGUUGAAAUUCUCACCUGAUAAAAUCGACACAAUGAUCGUCCAAGCGGUUUGUUUACUAGACGAUUUAGACAAGGAAUUGAACAACUACGUAAUGCGAUGCCGAGAAUGGUACGGCUGGCAUUUUCCUGAACUAGGAAAACUCGUGACUGAUAACGUCGCGUUUGUAAAAACAGUGAAGAUUAUCGGCACCAGGGAAAACACGGCAAACUCAGAUUUAUCUGACACACUGCCCGAGGAUGUAGAAGAAAAGGUUAAAGAAGCGGCAGAGAUAUCAAUGGGGACUGAAAUAUCGGACGACGAUAUUCUCAACAUCCAACACCUCUGUGAUCAAGUUAUAGAGAUAUCCAGCUACAGGACACAGCUUUACGACUACCUCAAGACCAGGAUGAUGGCUAUGGCUCCGAACCUGACGGUUCUUGUCGGCGAGCUAGUCGGUGCCCGGCUAAUUUCCCAUGCCGGAUCGCUCAUCAAUCUUGCGAAACAUCCCGCCUCCACGGUGCAAAUUCUUGGUGCAGAAAAGGCACUUUUUAGGGCUCUAAAAACCAAACGAGACACCCCCAAGUAUGGAUUGAUCUAUCACGCUCAGUUGGUCGGUCAAUCGUCGACGAAGAACAAGGGAAAAAUGUCAAGGAUGCUUGCAGCAAAGGCGUCGCUGGCCACAAGGGUAGACGCUCUAGGUGAGGAUGGCAACUUUGACCUAGGAGCUGAACACAGAGCAAAACUGGAGGCAAGGUUGAGAAUACUUGAAGAAGGAAAUCUGCGCAGGAUCAGUGGUACUGGGAAGGCCAAAUCAAAGUUUGAGAAGUAUCACACGUCUUCAGAGGUGAAGCAGUACCCUACUGCUGCAGACUCGACUAUACCGAGCAGCAAGAGAAGGCAUUCACAGAUUGAUGAUAAAAAGCCAUUGAUCGAAGAGAUCGAAACAGUUGCAGAAGACGCUGCCGAAGUGCCACAGAAAAAAAAGAAAGUCAGGGAUAGCGUUGGGGAACAGGAAAGUGCCGGAACUCCUGGUACCUCAAAGAAACAGAAGAAAAAAGUCAAGCAGGAAACUGAAGAAGAAGAUAUUGCUGCUGUAGAAGUCGAAGAACCGGAGCAGGAAGUUGAAGUUACAGAAUCAGCAAAGAAGAAGAAACAGAAAAAAUCUAAGGUAAAGACGGACGUAACUGAGGAAGAAAUCGCAGAACAGGUCGAGGGUCCAUCCAGUGAAAAGAAGAAAAAGAAGAAGAAGAAGAAAUCGAUGCCAGACGAUUAACUAUUCCUCCAUAUGUGACAAGAUAAUUGUCCACGCAGUAAUGCUAUUGUUACUCUACUACACUACAAAUGUAUAAUCGCUAACUUGGAUAUCUCUGCAGCGACAUACAUUGCUCCUAGGCCAAUAAGUUGUUUAAUUUUUUUUUUUUUUUUUUCGCCACCCUUUUCCAACCACGUAUGAAAUAUUUAAAUAUCGGAUACAUGUGUACAUUUCUACAAAAAAAUGUUGUACAAUUUGAUCAUGAAGGUUAAUUUCGUGCAGUGUGUGAAAAAGUAAGAGUUGUAUAAUAAGUAGAAUUAUUCUUGUAUUGUUGAAAUCCGUUUCCAUAUUAUAAUUGUGCUAAAGGAUUUAUAAAGUACGUUUGAUAAAUGAGCAUACUAGAACAUUAUUUUGAAUACAUAAGUUUUCCUGUUCUUAUAAGCAGUACUGCUGUGUUGCAUACUAUUAUAAUUCAGAGAAAAGAAAAUGUGUAUCUAUUUUUUAAUAAAUCUAUUAUUAACUA